AGCCAAUGUCACAAAUUCCACUACUUUUCUGAUUCACUUCACAACACUUUCCCUCUGAUUUGGCCACUUUCUUCAUCACAACAUGAAGAAAAACCAAGAACAAGAACCAUUGCUUCUUCCAACUUCUCACACCCCCCUCCUCCACCACCAACAGCACCACCACCCUCGCCGCCACCGCAACGACAUCCUCCUCAUUGUCUUCGGCUCACUCCUCCUCGCUUCCCUCGUCACCUUCGCCGGCCACAGUGCCUCCAAAUCACGCGCUCCUCACCACCAUGCUGGUGUGGCGUCAUCGGAAUCAACAGUGCCUUCCCGCGCCGUUUCGCGCGGUGUUUCAGAAGGCGUGUCGGAGAAGACGAACAGGUUGUUCGCUGCCGGCGGCGAAGGUGGAGGAGCGGAGUAUUUUCCGUGGAACAACAGCAUGCUGUCGUGGCAGAGAACUACGUUCCAUUUUCAACCAGAGAAGAAUUGGAUGAACGAUCCUAAUGGUCCUAUGUACUACAAGGGAUGGUACCAUUUCUUCUACCAGUACAACCCAAACGGUGCCGUAUGGGGCGACAUAGUUUGGGGACAUGCAGUAUCAAGAGACAUGAUCCACUGGCAGCACCUUCCCCUAGCAAUGGUAGCAGACCAAUGGUAUGACAAAAUGGGAGUGUGGACCGGUUCAGCCACCAUCUUACCAGACGGUCAGAUCAUCAUGCUCUACACAGGUUCAACCAAUGAGUCAGUGCAGGUUCAGAAUCUCGCAUACCCUGCUGACCCCUCAGACCCUCUCCUUGUGGACUGGAUCAAAUACCCUGCAAACCCGGUUCUGCUCCCUCCACCAGGGAUUGGUUUCAAGGACUUCAGGGACCCAACCACAGCUUGGUUCACCUCUGAAGGGAAAUGGCGUAUCACCAUCGGGUCCAAGCUUAACAAAACCGGCAUUGCCUUGGUUUAUGACACUGUGGACUUCAAAACCUAUGAGCUUAAGAAGGAUUUGCUCAAUGCUGUCCCUGGCACAGGCAUGUGGGAGUGUGUAGAUUUCUUCCCUGUGUCCAAGAAGGGUGAGAAUGGAUUGGAUACUUCUAUUAAUGGGGGUGAUGUGAAGCAUGUUAUGAAGGUGAGUUUGGAUGAUGAUAGACAUGAUUACUAUUCCAUUGGGACUUAUGAUGAGAAGAAGGUUAAGUUCACAGCUGAUGAUUUGAAGAAUGAUGUUGGUAUUGGAUUGAGGUAUGACUAUGGUAUAUUCUAUGCUUCCAAGACAUUUUUUGAUCAGAGUAAGGAUAGGAGAGUGUUGUGGGGUUGGAUUGGUGAGUCUGACAGCGAAUAUGCUGAUGUAGCCAAAGGUUGGGCAUCAGUUCAGGGUAUUCCAAGAACAGUGACACUUGAUAAGAAGACUACAACCCACUUACUUCAGUGGCCUAUUGCAGAGGUGGAUAGUUUAAGAUUAAGAAGCGACGAAUUCAAAAAUUUGAAGGCAGCGCCAGGGUCAGUGGUGUCACUAGACAUUGAAUCAGCCACACAGUUGGACAUUGUUGCUGAGUUUGAGAUAGACAAGGAAGCACUAGAUAAAGCACCACAAUCCAAUGUUGAGUACACUUGCAGCACAAGUGGUGGAGCUUCCAAACGAGGUGCCUUGGGACCUUUUGGUUUCCUAGUUUUGGCAGAUAAUGGUCUUUCUGAAUACACUCCUGUAUAUUUCUAUGUCGUCAAAGGAAGCGACGGAAAGCUUAAGACAUCAUUCUGCUCUGAUCAAUCAAGGUCUUCUGUGGCAAAUGAUGUUCACAAGCAAAUCUAUGGGAGCGCUGUUCCGGUACUUGAAGGCGAAAAGUUGUCCUUGAGGGUACUGGUGGAUCAUUCUAUAGUUGAAAGCUUUGUUCAAGGUGGAAGGACCACUGUGACAUCCCGGGUUUACCCAACAAGGGCAAUCUAUGGGGCUGCUCGGUUGUUCUUGUUCAACAAUGCUACUGAGGCCACUGUGACAGCCUCAUUCAAGAUUUGGCAGAUGAAUUCUGCAUUUAUACGCCCAUACCAACCAGAUCAGAAGAGCUAAACAUAUUGAAUUGGAGAUAAUGAGAAAGACUCACAAUCAUGAAGGAAAAUGUGUGUGGGUUAUUGACCUUCUCAUCAACCCACACAACAUGUCUCGUGUUCUUUGCACAAAGCCCAUUCCAAUAUCAUUUUUGUCCAAUUAUUUGAUUGCAUAUGAAAGUCUAUUUGCAAAGAGAAAUCCGUUCAUUAAGUAAAUAUGACAAUGUUGUCCAAUUCUCUAGUGAAAAUAUGUUAUAUUUGUUAUUAUGAUAGUUUUUCUUU